CCUUGCGCGGUUUGCGCAUUCCCCUGUUUCCAACCUCUCCCGAGACCCGGCGGCGGCGGCGGCGCCACCGAACCACAGACCUCCCGCCGCCGCGUGCACCCGAGCUGUCUCUCCAUGACAAGGCGUCCGCCUUGCUCGUAGCGAGCCGUCAAACAGCGAGGGAGCUGUAUGGGAGUCGAGGGAGCAAUCGGAGCGCAGCCGAGCCCGGAACUGAGUCUCGCGGCGGCGGUGGUGAGGAGGUGGGGGCGGAGCCAUGGCCCGGUCCCGGGCGCUGCUGGACCUGUCCACGCGGCUGAUGAACGUCUGCCUCGCCGCGCUCUGCCGCGGCGGCAGCCUCGACCGCGCGGAGGCCGUCCUCGUCGACGCCAUCCGCCUCGGCCUGCCCCCCGACGUCGUCACCUACAACACCCUCCUCGCCGCGCACUGCCGGGCCGCGGGCCCCGACGCGGGGCUCGCCGUCGUGCACCGGAUGCGGGAGGCCGGGGUGAGCCCCGACGCCGUCACCUACAACUCCCUCAUCGCGGGAGCGGCGCGCCGCGGGCUCACGAUGCGCGCCCUCGACCUGUUCGACGAAAUGCUCCGCUCGGGCGUCGCCCCCGACUCGUGGAGCUACAACGCGCUCAUGCACUGCCUGUUCCGGUCCGGACACCCGGAGGACGCGUACCGGGUGUUUGCUGAUAUGGCGGAGAAGGGCGUCGCCCCGUCCGCCACGACGUACAACACGAUGCUGGACGGGCUGUUCAGGGCUGGCCACGCGACGAAUGCCUACAGGAUGUUCAGGUACCUGCAGAGGGUGGGUCUCCCCAUUGGCAUUGUGACGUACAACACAAUGAUCAACGGGCUGUGCAGGUCAGGCAAGGUGGGUUAUGCCCGCAUGGUCCUUAAGGAACUGGGGAGGACCGAACAUGCCCCUAAUGCCGUCACAUACACGACGGUUAUGAAGUGCUGCUUUAGGUACGGCAGGUUUGAUCAGGGUUUGGAGACCUUUUUGUCCCUGCUUGAAGGAGGGUACAUUUCAGAUGCUUUCCCGUACACGACGGUAAUCAGUGCGCUUGUCAAGAAGGGCCGGAUGCAGGAAGCCAAUGCCUAUUGUGAGCUCAUGAUACAAAGUGGUUCCACUCUUGAUAAUGCAUGCUACAACACGCUGAUUCACCUGCGAUGCCAAGAAGGGAAGCUGGACGACGCAUUUGAGCUGCUGAACAUGAUGGAAGAAGGUGGCCUGGAGAGCGAUGAGUACACAUUCUCAAUUUUGGUCAAUGGUCUGUGCAAGAUGGGGCAAAUCGAGGCUGCAGAGAAGCAGAUAUGUUCCAUGGAGAUGAUGGGCUUGCAAUCAAAUGUGGUGGCAUACAAUUGCUUGAUUGACGCACUAUGCAAAUCUCAUGAGGUGGAUGCAGCCAUCAAAGUACUGCACAGCAUGAAGCUAAAGGAUGAUUUUACUUACACAUCACUAGUCCAUGGUCUGUGUAAGGUGGGUAGGUACCAUAUGGCAUCAAAAUUCUUGAGGAUCUGCUUGCAUGAAGGGAACAAUGUUCUCGCAUCUGCAAAGCGUGCUGUCAUUUCUGGGCUUCGUAGUGCAGGGUUUAAAAAUGAUUUGAGGAAAGUCCGAUCAGCAUUAUAUAUGGCUAGGCUGUUGCGGUCUUAGUCCAAGGAAAAAGAUCUGCAUCCUGACUGGAUGAUCCUGUGAAAUGGUCAAUUCAAUGUAGACUGUUUUGUAGACUGAAUAGGCGAUCCUUUACGGAGAUGGAAAAUGAAGCACCUAACCACUCUAAUACUCUAUCAGGGCAUCAUGCCCCACAGGAAGGAUUCCAGAACUGGGUUAUCUCUAUAGAGGUGCUGCUCCAAUAAAUCAGUUAUUGGAGGCUCGAUAGUCUGGUGAUGUUAAAGUGCACAGCAAGCCAUGUCAUUCUCAAAGCAAAAAGUUUAUUGAACAUCAAUGAACAACGAGGGCUGAUGCACACAUGAUCACUACUUGGCACAAGCUGAUGCACUCAUGACCUCUAGUUGACAGAUGGUACCAGCUUAACAUGUGCAGGAAGUGAUCCCUCCAUGGUGUCAAACUUCACCUAUCGUCAUAUUGGUUUGAGGUGAAUGAUUCGAGGUGUUGGAUUGAACUCUCGUGACUAUUAGUAUUCAAAUUUCCAACAGAAGUUAAAAUUAUGUGGAGCAUAGCACUAACUGUGUCCUCUUUUCGAUGGUUGGUGGUUAUUGAUUUGAUUCAGAACAGAGCUGCCCCCGGUUGGAUGGACACACAGUAUGCAGUCACAAAAUUGAGAAGUUGCAGCAUAGUACAGAACAUCCUGUUUGUUAAUUAUUUUGUUUGGUUUUGGUUCAUUAAUUCUUUUGGAGUGGGUGAGAAAGGAAUCUUAUUCUCUUUGAGUGAUACCUUAUCUCAUGAUAGAUAAGUCUUGUACUGUGCUUAGCCAUUAAGUUAUAGGCAGCUGUUGACACCUGUUAGUAGUAGUAAAUUUAGAUUUUGCUUUAGCUGUAAACAGCAGUCCAAACAUUAUGUCAGUUACUGUAGCGAUGCUGUAGCACCGACCUAAAAUUCCGAUAAAAGGACAUGUACCCUUCCUGUGUAUCUAAGCUUGUGUAAUAUAGAAAUAUACAUUGUUAGCUUC